AUGGUUUUUACAAUUGCUAUACUUCUUUUUAGCAUUGUUCGUUUUACAAACUCUCAGCCGACAAUUAACUACCCAAUCAAUUCCCAGUUACCUCCAGUAGCUCGAGUGGGCGAGCCUUUCUCUUACAUUUUCUCCAAAUAUACGUUUCGCUCAGACUCCAAUAUCUCAUACUCACUCGGUAAUGCGCCAGAAUGGCUCUCUAUUGACAGUGAGCGUCGUCGACUUUACGGUAUACCAACCAACGACACCAUCCCGAGCGGUGAUGUGGUGGGCCAAACAAUUGAAGUAAUUGCCAAAGAUGAUUCCGGUUCGGCGACUCUCAGUUCAACUCUAGUCAUCUCGAGAAACAAAAGCCCGUCCAUCAGAAUACCAUUAUUAGAACAGAUCGAGGGCUUUGGCGAUUACUCACCCCCAUCAUCACUGACAUCGUAUCCUUCCACCGACAUCAGCUUCACUUUUGACUCUGAAACGUUUGACCAUCAGCCCAAUAUGAUCAACUACUAUGCAACGUCGGGUGAUGGCAGUCCCCUGCCGGCCUGGAUGAGGUUUGAUGCCAAUUCCUUAACAUUCAGCGGACAAACUCCUUCUCUCGAGUCACUUAUACAGCCUCCUCAAACUUUUGACUUCGAACUUGUUGCAUCGGAUAUUGUGGGAUUCUCGGCGGUGUCAGUUGCAUUCUCCGUUGUUGUGGGCAGGCAUAGACUCAGCUCGGACAACCCGAUCAUCUCUAUGAACACCACACGAGGAAGGAAGCUUGUAUAUCGUGGACUGGCGGACAAUAUAAAACUCGACAGCAAAUCAGUUGAUACAGAAGAUAUUGAGAUCUCAACAGACGGUUUGCCUAAAUGGUUGUCUCUGGAUGAGAAUACAUGGGAAAUCGAGGGCACACCGGGAAAAAGCGACCAUUCAACCAACUUCACCAUUACAUUGCGUGAUCCAUACCAAGACACACUCAACAUUUACGCCACUGUCAAUAUUUCCACUGCCCUGUUUCGCUCAACUUUCGACAGUAUCGAGAUUGAGGCUGGGCAAGAUGUCAAUAUCGACCUAGAGCCUUAUUUUUGGGACCCAGAAGAUAUCGAUCUUGGCAUUUCGAUUACACCGAACACAGACUGGCUGAGGCUCGACGGGUUUAAUAUCACUGGCAAAGCCCCUGUGUCUGCGUCACAAGAUUUCAGAAUCUCCGUAACAGCCUCGUCGAAGACCUCUGAUGAUUCAGAGGCGGAAAUUCUGGAAGUGAACGUUCUGCAAUUUGAACCUACAUCCUCAUCAACAACUGGAUCGCGUACUUCUUCGACAUCCUCGAGCACGUCUACAUCCGUUGCUCCCACUGAUACUUCUUCCAGCCCUGGUGUACAGCUGGCUGAUUCUGAUGGAGGGUUGACAACGGGCACUCUCCUCCUCGCAAUUCUUCUCCCUCUCUUGGUUGUGGUAUUUCUCUCCAUGCUUCUCAUCUGCUGCCUUCUCCGUCGCCGCCGAAAACAACAGACGUAUAUUUCUUCUAAAUUCCGCAACAAAAUCUCAGGGCCCGUCCUUGAAAGCCUUCGCGUGAAUGGGGGCGCAGCUGCUAUGCAGGAAAUCAACAAGGUUUCGACUAUAGCAGGUGCAGGGCAGCAACCACGCCGGCCAUUGCGCACUCAAAAUUCCGAGGUAGACUCAGAAACUCUGGUCAUGACAUCUCCAACACUGGGGUUCAUGGUAACGCCUCAGGUUCCUCCAAUGUUCGUUGCAGAAGACUCGAAUACCAGUUUCUCCCGGUCCAACAGCACGUCAAAUAGUGAGGAUGGUAGACGGUCGUGGGUAACAGUCGAAGGACCCGCAAUGGCAGCAGGACGGCAAAGCCGUGCAUCAUUCAGGAGUCAACGGACAAACUCGGGUUUAUCAGACUCAACUCAUCAGUUAAUACCGCCACCGGUGCUUUUAUCCGACGCAAGACCAAGGUCAUUCAGGAGAGAUGUCGAUCCAACAGUCCCGUCUCUCAAUGGCUAUCCAAGCAUCCAUUCGCAGAGAGCAGUCUUUCAGCAGGGUUCCGAAUACUACACAAGUGCCAAUGACAGCUCUUUGGCAUUUGCAUCGUCCCAUCAAUCGAGCCCGAGGCUUUUGACUGGUGGGUUCUCGGCACAUGCACCAGGUGCACGAUUCAAUGCUUCAACCGCCGAUGGUGAAGGCCCAUCAAUGGAGGCCGCUCAAAGUAUGCCGGUGCUAAGAAGACCCGAAUUAGUGCGUCUAUCAAGCCAACAGCUUCUUGGUGAAAGUAGUCGACCAAGCAGCAGAGCGUGGUACGACUUGGAUAUUCCAAGAGGCCUUUUUGCGGACCCCUCGUUUGGAUCAAGGGAGAAUUGGCGAGUGUAUGAUGCACAAGGCGACACGACAAACAUGUCAUAUCAUCAGCUUGUGGAUGAAUCCCCAUUUCAUCCGCUUCGACCAAGCACAGCAAUGAGCUCAACCCGCGAUGGUGUACAGCCCGGACAGCGGGCAGGCUCGGAACUGAUAUCUCCAAGCCAACGGGGUGAUGGGCCAAAUAGCAUCAGAGAUUCGUUGGCAUCGCUACGGCAAGGCUUGGGUCAUUCUAUGAGCAAGAUGUCUCGUUUGAGCGUCGACCCGCUUGUUGUGCCAGGCAGCCGGGAUACCAGACCAGUUCGAAGCUCAUCGACGCAUUGGAAGCGAGAAGAUUCAGGGAGGAAGUCAGAUGGAGGGAGCUACGCCUUUCUCUGA